CAGUUUUCUAUGCUCACUCGAUAUCAGACCGUCGACCGCGUAUAGCGCGUGACAGAGCUGACGCGCGCCAGUGCGGUACAAAAACACUGUACUGCCGCGGCACGAAUUCGCUAUCAAUUUUACUCAUGUGUUGUGGACAAUAACUGAUAAAUAAACACAGUUAUUAUUGUAUCGAUACACAUCGAUCGAUGUUUUGAUAAAUUUCAUCGAAAUCAACUCAUCGCCCGUCGAACCAGCUAUAAGCCACACGAAGAACCAAAGAUGUUUAUUAACUGCAAUAAGAGAAAGGCGUGUUACACGACGGUGGGCUUUUUCGGUAUCGCAUUCGUCAUCAUUUUUUUACUUGUGCCUACUAUUUGGCGAUAUUCACCUUCAAUUCAAAAGAGUAUGAUAUUCCUGAAUCAUGACCAUAUGCCUGAUAUACAAAACUACAGUCAUCCGGAAGUUUAUGGCAUAGAUGGAACUAGAAAUUUUUACAUUGAUACAAAAGAUCAUAUAACGCUAGGAGUGUGGCACAUAUUACCGAGUAACUUAAUUGAAAAAUACGGAAAAAACGAAUCUAGUUACGAACAACUUUUGAGUCACGGUGAACCAAUUAUUAUAUACAUGCAUGGAAACUCUGGUGCCCGCGCGAACGAUAUACGGAUAGAAUUAUAUCGAAAACUCCGAGAUAUCAACUGCCAUGUGAUAGCUGUAGACUACAGAAGUUAUGCCGAUUCUACAGUCGUUGAACUCGACGAAACCGGCAUAGUAUCGGACGUAAUGGAAACAUUUAAAUGGGUUUACAAACGCGCAAAAGGAGCGCCGAUCUUUGGCUGGGGACACUCGCUUGGAACCGGAAUUGGAGCUCACGCAUUUUCGUUAUUGGAAAAAGAAAACAUCUAUCCUAGUGGACUUAUUUUAGAAGCUCCGUUCAAUAAAAUUAGUGAAGCAAUUAGAGAAUAUUCAACUACUAAGGUUCUUCGCUAUUGUCCUUGGUUUGAUUUUUUUAUCAUUGACCCAGUCAUUGAAAACGGGAUUGUCUUCGAUACAGAACAAAACUUGAAAAAUGCUAAAGUUCCAGUACUUAUAUUACAUGCACAAGACGAUAUUAUAAUACCAUACCAGCUUAGUGAAAACCUGUAUAAUUACAUCACAACAACUCGGAAUAGCGAACUGACUGAACUAGUAUUAUAUGACGCCAAGUACGAGUUUGGCCACCAAUUCAUUUGUCGGGAUCAGGAAAUCGAAAAGAAGAUUGAGAAAUUUAUACAGAAUUGUCUAAAAUGACGUCUUGAUUGGUGGAAAUAUAUAAGCUUGUCAAAAUUGUCAUCACCUGUCACGUAUACGUAGUUAUUACAAUAUAAUAUUGCAUAUUAUACGUUAUGAUACAAAAUUCUCAAACCUGAAACGGAUUAUUGAGAUUAUGAGAUUAUUUUUCAUCUUUUAUUUUUAAAAUGUUUCGUUGUAAAACAUUUAUUGUAAAAUAUUUUAACAACGUGCUUUUUAAAAACUUAACUAUUACUAUAAUCCCAUACCAAUUAUUGUAUAUUAUACUCAUUAUAGUCAAUAGUCG